CCUCGAACUUCAACCUAACCUCACCUCACCACAUCACCCACCCCCAGAUGGGUAACUUCUUCACUCGAUACGAUGCAAAAGUGCACUCCUGCACACCUAAUGGGCCGCCUGCACCUUACCGAUCAGCCCCCGGUCCAGGCUUCAGAUUCAGAUACAACGUCCCUCGCAAGGAGCUCCACUGUUCCAGCGACGACCCAAGCUCUCAGCGCAAGAUCCCACAUCAAGCACCAAAAAGCCAUGCCGCAGAUCCAUCCAAAGCCAGCUUCCUCGACCUUCCUCCUGAACUCAGAAAUAGAAUCUACGCGCAGCUCUUCAUCCUCCCAGACAACUACAUCCGUCUCACGCGGGAGAACCGUACCAACGUGCCAAGCCUCACCCUCCUGCGCACGUGCAAGCAGAUCCACGAUGAAGCCGCGAGUGUGUUCUAUGCCGGAAAUUCGUUUUAUGUCGCGGUGGAGCGUUUCUUAGUGUUGCAUUCGUAUAGAAUGGACUCACAACCCGAGAUCGAUUCUCAGGGUGGGACUGAUGUUCACCCCAAGGUCGAACCUGAUAAUCCGUCUCAAUCUGAUACCGCAGUAUGGCAGUAUAAGUGGGAGUAUCGCAAGUCACCCGUCUUCAAGGAGCCGCUUGCGAAAGCACAGCGCUGCGGGUUGGAUUCAGUGAACGGGGGUAUUCAGAUUGCAAAUGACUUUGCGACACGGCAACUCAUCGAGGACCUCAACGUGCCGGCAUUGCGUUACCAUCGAUGGCUGACGAGGCUAACGAUCGACCUGAUGCUUUGCAUUCAAGUCAAAGCGCCAGCAGUGGAUGAAUAUACCUUUGUCCCCGCAUAUCUACGAGAGUAUCAUCCUAAACGCGCCGAGAUGGACGCUAUAGAAGACGGCCUAUGCGCCAAGGAGGUCGACAUGCAGGAACAGCUCAGCACUCUGUUCUGCCAGAUGUUCGAAAACAUGCGGGGGGAAUGGACCGGAAAGGACACAGGCUGGGACGGAAGGACCAUCAUCGACGCAGAUAUGAUACAGGGGUUGCAUCAUGCGGCCACCAAUCGUGCCAUGCGAGUUAUGGUCAGUUUCGCGGAAAGAGAGGAGCAGGAGCGCAUGACGAAGGGGUAUUGGAAAAAUUUUGUUGCCGAGCUAGGUUAAUGGAAAUGUUCACAUGAGUUUAUGACGGAUUUGACGAGAGAUCUCUGGG